AAUACUGUAGAAAAUUCAUCCCUUGAGUCCACGACUCUUCUCUCUUUCGGUUCGUACUUAAAACUUAAAAGAGGGAAAACACCAAAACACCGCGGUCGACGGCUAACUUUCGAGAUCUCAUCGCUGUGCUUCAAUCUUCGUCAUCUUUCGCAAUAUCCAGUACGUGUCUACCAAAUGGCUGAAUCAAAGCAAGAAAUGAGGAAACCAGUUUUCACCAAAGUUGAUCAACUACGACCUGGAACUAGUGGUCUUAAUGUCACAGUCAAGGUUGUUGAUUCAAAGUUAGUUAUGCAAAGAGGACCUCAAGUACGUCAAAUGAGACUUGCUGAAUGUUUGGUCGGAGAUGAGACGGGAAUGAUAAUUUUUACUGCUAGGAAUGAUCAAGUGGAGAUGUUGAAAGCGGGCACAAUAGUAACCCUGCGCAAUGCAAGGAUCGACAUUUACAAGGGAUCCAUGAGGCUUGCAGUGGAUAGGUGGGGCCGCAUUGACGUGGAAACAGAGCUCCCCGAUUUCACAGUGAAGGAAGAUAACAACUUGUCACUGAUUGAAUUCGAGCUUGUGACUGUUGUCGACGGGUGAUAAUUGGAACUUACUACAUAAACUUUUGUUCCAUCCCUCCGAAAAGUUGGAAGCUGAAGAAAUAAAAGAGGAAUCAAACAAAAAAAAAGGUGAAAUUUAUGUAAGUUUAUUUUGUCUCUUGGGCAUAAUUCCAAGCUGCUCGUGAAACCUUGCCUUCCUGUAAGGGGGGUUUUGAGGCUUCUAAUCACUAGUACCAAAUUUAGAGAGUUAAAAGUUAAAAACCCAUUUUGCAACACGUGAAUGGCAGCUUUGGUGGAUUUUGGACCCCUCUUAUAAGUUAUAAUGGUAUAUUUUGGUUUGUUUUUAUA